AUGAAUUAAAGCCGGCAGGAGACGCGCUCUCCUUGCAGCCAGCCCCCUGCAGGAUCUGGGGAAAGCCCGACGUGUGAAGCGAUCCGACAAGGCGGACAAAGAAACGCGAGUCGUUCAUGGGGAAAGGCGGGGAGCAAGGCGAGGAGAGCGGCGAGCGGGAGACGCAGAUGCCCUCUUACACUUGGGAAGAGAUCCAGAAGCACAACCUGCGGGCAGACAAGUGGCUGGUGAUCGAGCGGAAGGUGUACAAUAUCACCAAGUGGGUCAAGCGGCAUCCGGGGGGACAUCGUGUGAUUAGCCACUAUGCCGGCGAAGACGCCACGGAUGCAUUCAAAGCCUUUCACCCUGACCUCAACUUUGUGCAGAAAUUUCUUAAACCACUGCUGAUUGGAGAACUUGCCUCAGGAGAACCCAGUCAAGACCGAGACAAGAAUCCCCAAUUGGUGGAAGAUUUCCGUGCCCUAAGAAAGACAGCAGAGGAUAUGAACUUAUUCGAAGCCAGUCCAGUGUUUUUCUCCCUUUAUCUGGGUCAUAUUCUUUUGAUGGAAGCUCUGGGAUGGCUAAUGGUUUUCUACUGUGGUACUAACUGGAUCACUACCUUCCUUCUUUCUGUCAUCCUUGCAGUCUCUCAGGCCCAGGCUGGCUGGCUACAGCACGACUUUGGACACCUCUCUGUAUUUAAGAAGUCUAUGUGGAACCAUUUAGUCCAUAAGUUUGUGAUUGGUCACUUGAAGGGUGCCUCAGCAAACUGGUGGAAUCACCGGCAUUUCCAGCACCAUGCCAAGCCAAACAUCUUCAAAAAAGAUCCGGAUGUGAACAUGCUGCAUCUCUUUGUCCUGGGAGAUACACAGCCAGUUGAGUAUGGAGAAAAGAAACUGAAGUAUUUUCCUUAUAACCAUCAACACCAAUACUUCUUUUUCGUUUUCCCACCUCUCCUCAUUCCAGUUUAUUUCCAAAUGCAAAUCUUCAUGACCAUGUUCAGAUACAAAUUCUGGGCGGACUUGGCCUGGGCCUUCAGUUAUUACUUACGCUACUUUCUCACAUAUACCCCAUUCUAUGGAGUUCUGGGAUCCUUGUUUCUCCUUACCUUUGUCAGGUUUAUGGAAAGCCAUUGGUUUGUUUGGGUCACACAGAUGAAUCAUAUUCCAAUGGAAAUUGACAGUGAGAAGCACAGAGACUGGCUUAGUGCUCAGUUGGCAGCUACCUGCAACAUUGAACAAUCCUUUUUCAAUGAUUGGUUCAGUGGACAUCUGAACUUUCAAAUUGAGCACCAUUUGUUCCCUACAAUGCCACGCCAUAACUACUACAAGAUUGCACCACUAGUGAAGUCACUGUGUGCGAAGUAUGGAGUUGCUUAUGAAGAAAAGCCUCUUCUGAGAGCAUUUGCAGAUAUUGUUGGGUCCCUCAAGAAAUCUGGAGCACUCUGGUUGGAUGCCUACCUCCAUAAAUGAAGCUGGAUUUCAGUGGGGGCUGGUGCUAGCAAAGGGGAGGGCUGGGGGUUCACAUGUGUAUUCUUAAUGUCCAAUGUCUGUGUGUACAGUUUGAAGGGGGAUUUCCUGUCUUGUGAAAGUGAUGCUGGGGUGGGUUCAGGGGACCUGUUUAAAACCAGAGAGGGUGUCAGGUAUGUCUUUAGAGGAUUAAUUGAAAAUUCUGAUCUUAACAUAUGGAGGCUGAAAACUGUCCUAGUGGUAUGGGGGUCAUCUUCUGUUUUGUGGAGGGUGGAUGAAGCAGUAGAAGAGCAGGAGGCCAGAGGGAUUUUCCCAUUCUUCUUAAGACUCAUGGCAGUAGCCCCAUCCCAGUCUCUAAGGCAUUUGGUUCUCAUGCACAGAUAUACAGGAACGGGCCCAUUUCAGACAAUGGCUACACAAGUUUGAACUAGAGAAGACAUGAAGAACAUC